GCCAAGCCUUCGCAGGAGAGCACGCUGCUCUACAUCAAACUGCAUAAAAGUCUCAUUAUGUAUUUGCCUGCCUUCCUUGCAGAAGUAAAUCUUGAUUACUGCGCGGGGAUAUGCACAUAGCUGCACGUGCACGCGCGAGGACACGCACGAGGACGCUUUCCUGCAGAGGCUGUGCUUUCAUCACUAUAAUCAGCAGCCUAACUACUCGCUCGUAACAUUUUGGGCUUUUUCGCUGCUCCGUUGAGAAGUGACAGGAGUGUAUAGACCCCUCCUCUGCAGGGCGGGGCGUGCAUUUUCAUUUUCUAUUUUUUUGGCGUGUGUAUUUUUUUUGCCUACUCUGACACGUCUGCACUGAGUGAGUGGCAUUGGCACACUGUCAAUCGCUCACUAUCAAACAACAUAAAACACACACAGGCACACAGGCUGCACCUCAUAAAUUUUAGCAAGGCGAGAUAUUUUUUAGUUUUAUUUUUGGCGCAUCGCUUUAUUACACAGCGCUGCAUCCCUAUUCAUUUACAAUCCUUGUUGCAUGUUUUUUUUUCUAAUCAGAAAUCUCAACUUUUUUGCACAAUUUUUAUUGUAAAAUAUUUGGACACUACCACAUUUUUUUAACGUGGGAUUCUGCACAAGACUAAGAUUUUUUUUUUAUAACAACUGUUCGCAACGUUGGAUAUUUUUGCUUCCCCCGAGGAGGAUUUUUGUGGACAUUUUAGUGAAGAGAUGCACCGGAGCGCCAAUAAAUGAGAGCUCACCAAAGGAGCAAUUGUGUCCAAAGCCGUCAAAUCCCACAGAACGAGAGAAGACAGAUUGGCGUGAAGAUUCGUGCUGGAUAAGAUGGACAACUGUCGGCAAUUUUGACAGAGAAGUUUUGCAUUAAAUAGUCAUAUUUAUGAAAUAUUGUCCAAAAGCCGCCUCGCGUUUUGCCAAUUUGGACCGCGCGUAAAGAGGCAGCGUCAAUUUGGACACAUUUCUCCACCACACCGCUGCUAUAUUCUUCCUUUUUUACGUGUGUGUUUCGGACCACACUGCCGUGCACCCUCCUUGUCUUCGGCACAUGUUCUAGCCCAAUUCGUAUAUGAGUUUUUCAAUUUGUGUGGCUCAGUGCACAGACUCUUUAGCGGCUCCGAUGGACGAUCAAGCCCGCAUCAUGCAGUCGAUCGGUGGUGUCAGUUUGGCCGGCCACUCGGUACAAGGGGGCAUGACCCUGCCGCCUCCACACGGACACGAUGGCACGGACGGGGACGGACGCAAACAAGACAUUGGCGACAUUCUUCAUCAAAUUAUGACCAUAACCGAUCAAAGCCUGGACGAGGCGCAAGCAAAGAAACAUGGACUCAACUGUCACAGAAUGAAACCAGCACUCUUCAGCGUUCUCUGCGAAAUCAAAGAAAAGACAGGUCUCAGUAUCCGGGGUGCCCAGGAAGAGGACCCACCAGACCCCCAACUCAUGCGUUUAGACAACAUGCUGCUGGCAGAGGGCGUGGCAGGACCAGAAAAAGGUGGCGGAUCUGCAGCCGCCGCCGCUGCAGCCGCGGCCUCAGGCGGGGCGGCUGACAAUUCUAUUGAACAUUCCGACUACAGAGCUAAGCUCACCCAGAUCAGACAGAUCUACCACACAGAGCUGGAGAAGUAUGAACAGGCAUGUAACGAAUUCACUACCCAUGUGAUGAACCUGCUGCGGGAACAGUCUCGCACACGGCCCAUCUCUCCCAAAGAGAUUGAGCGCAUGGUGGGAAUCAUCCACCGUAAGUUCAGCUCCAUCCAAAUGCAACUGAAACAGAGCACCUGUGAGGCUGUCAUGAUCCUGCGCUCCAGAUUCCUUGAUGCCAGGCGGAAAAGGAGAAACUUCAGCAAGCAGGCGACAGAAAUUUUGAAUGAGUAUUUCUACUCGCACCUCAGCAACCCUUACCCAAGCGAGGAGGCGAAAGAGGAGCUGGCCAAGAAGUGCAGCAUCACAGUUUCCCAGGGGGUGGGAAGCACCAUCACAGUAUCUCAGGUAUCCAACUGGUUCGGAAACAAACGGAUCCGCUACAAGAAAAAUAUUGGCAAGUUUCAGGAGGAGGCCAACCUGUACGCCGCCAAGACUGCUGUAAAUGCGGCACACGCUGCAGCCGCUGCAGUGCAGAACAGCCAGGCCAACUCCCCUACUACACCUAACUCUGGAUUCCAGAUGAAAGAUGAAGAGUUUCAGCUGGAUUCUGCAGAGAGCAAAAACAGUCUUUUAACCAACAUGUUUACUGGUUCUUCAGGUUCUUUUAACCUCCCAAACUCUGGGGACAUGUUCUUGAGCAUGCAGAGUCUGAAUGGGGAUUCUUACCAAGGGGCACAAGUCGGAGCCAAUGUACAGUCACAGGUGGAUACCCUGCGCCAUGUUAUCAGUCAGACGGCAGGAUACAGUGAUGCUCUUGGCCGAAACACCAUGUACAGUCCACACAGCUUAAAUACAAAUGGGGGGUGGCAAGAUGCAACAACUCCGUCUUCUGUAAUAUCGCUGACAGAGGGACCUGGCAGUGUACACUCCGAUACCUCCAACUGAUCAACUCGUCAUGCAUUUGAGUCUUGAGCUGGGCAUAGACUCUAACUGGCCGCCCAACUACAGAGGACAUGCAAAACCUUUUCAUGCCACAGUUGUUUUCUUUUCCUGUACAUUUCUAAUGUCCGAUGACCACGCCACACGCGAGGAUGCCAUUUUCCACCAUCAAGAGCCAGCAUUUCUUGGUUGUCUCAGUGUUUUCUUUGUAAAUCAGCUUGUUUGUUGUAGGAUUAAGUCAACCCUCCAAUGGUAGUCACUCAGACUUUCAUUUUAUCCUCUGUAUUGAAAAUGCAGGAUGACACGUGUAUUUUACAUGCCAUUUGAAAUGUCAACAGUAUGCACUUACUCCUUUUUCAAAGUUGCUUUCUCUUUGAUUUCUUGUAAUACGUCAUUAAAGCAGCUGUUUGCUGGACUAUUGGAACUCAACAUCACCACUGUUGACAGCUCAACGGCAACAUUGUACUUACUUGGCAGCCAAUGACUAUUCAAAGUCUGGAGCAUAAAGACAUGUAAUUGAUUGCUUUACCAUAACAUGACACCGCCCAUAUUUCACAAUGUGAUGUUUAGUAUGUACAUAUAAACAUUUUUGUACUGCUUGUGGAAAUCAUCAAAUCCCCAACAACAGCUCCUCACUUGCAAAGGCCCGAUGACACACACAAACUUGUACAACACUUCGCUUCAGAGUAAUUAAACAUCCCACCAAUAAAUAAACAGCUUUAUUACCUCAUUACAAUUCAUACAGAUUCUUCCAUGCCUGUAGCUUAGAGUGCUCACAUACUACCUCUAAACAUCAUCACCAUGUUUUCUGUUUUUGGUUGUUUUUUUUUCUGUCCUACUUCUGUUGAAUUCCUUUACUUAUUUUGAUGACAUCUUGUAACACUGUAAGCCUCCUCAUUCUCUAUGUAAUGUAAUGUAUAUUUUAAUCUUUUAAUAAAACGCUGUUGCUAUAUUGCAGCUUAAAAAAAAAACAAAACAAAAAGUGAACAUGGUAACAUUAAUACCAUGAAGAAUAGCGGAGCGAGUACAUUGUUGGUCUGUGGCUUUUAUGAAGGAGGUGCGAUUAAAAUUGCGAUAAAUUAACAGUAAAACUGUUGUAAAUACUGAAAUAAAAACAUUUUGAAUGUUGCUCAUCUUAUUACUAAAUCAUACCCAAAAAACAAAGAAAAAAAAGUCACUAUUAAAACUGUAAUGCAUAGAAGUUUCAGUAUUCAGAACUGUAUAUUUCCAGCUCUGUUCAACAGGGUUCAAACUUCUUUUCUCUUUUUUCUAUUGUAUGUGAUUCUGAAACUGAAAAGUCAUGACAAAUGAUUUGUGGCAGUGAUUCUAAUGUAAUAAACAUGUUUAGUGUUGCUUUCUAACCGAACUACACCCUGGACUGAAAAGUCUUCCUUGUGGUAGUUGUGUAAUUUCAAACAUGAAUAAAACUUUUGCUUUCAUGACA